AUGCCAACAACUACACCGACAACUAAACCGACAAAUAAACCGACAACUAAACCGACAACUAAACCGACAACUACACCAACAACGGCACCAACAACUACACCAACAACUACACCGACCACUACACCGACCACUAUACCAACAAACACACCAACGACUACACCAACAACUACAACAACAACUACACCGACCACUACACCGACAACAACACCAACAACUACACCAACAACUACACCAACAACUACACCAACAACUAAACCAACAACUACACCAACAACUACACCAACAACUACACCAACAACUACACCAACAACUACACCAACAACUACACCAACAACUACACCAACAACUACACCAACAACUACACCAACAACUACACCAACAACUACACCAACAACUACACCAACAACUACACCAACAACUACACUGACCACUACACCAACAACUACACCAACAACUACACCGACAACAACAUCAACAACUACACCAACAACUACACCAACAACUACACCGACCACUACACCAACAACUACACCAACAACUACACCAAUAACUACACCAACAACUACACCAACAACUACACCAACAACUACACCAACAACUACACCAACAACUACACCAACAACUACACCAACAACUACACCAAUAACUACACCAACAACUACACCAACAACUACACCGACCACUACACCAACAACCACACCAACGACACCGACCACUACACCGACAACAACACCAACAACUACACAAACAACUACACCAACAACUACACCGACAACUACACCAACAACUACACCAACAACUACACCAACAACUACACCAACAACUACACCGACCACUACACCAACAACCACACCAACAACGACACCAACAACGACACCGACAACUACACCAACAACUGCACCAACAACUACACCAACAAGUACACCAACAACUACAACGACCACUACACCAACAACUACACCAACAACUACACCUACAACUACACCAACAACUACACCAACAACUACACCAACAACCACACCAACGACACCGACCACUACACCGACAACAACACCAACAACUACACAAACAACUACACCAACAACUACACCGACAACUACACCAACAACUACACCAACAACUACACCAACAACUACACCGACCACUACACCAACAACUACACCAACAACUACACCGACCACUACACCAACAACCACGCCAACAACCACGCCAACAACUACACCGACAACUACACCAACAACUACACCAACAACUACACCAACAACUACACCGACCACUACACCAACAACCACACCAACAACGACACCAACAACGACACCGACAACUACACCAACAACUACACCAACAACUACACCAACAACUACACCAACAACUUCACCAACAACUACACCAACAACUACACCAACAACUACACCAACAACUACACCAACAACUACACCAACAACUACACCGACCACUACACCAACAACCACACCAACAACGACACCAACAACGACACCGACAACUACACCAACAACUACACCAACAACUACACCAACAACUACACCGACAACUACACCGACCACUACACCAACAACCACGCCAACAACGACACCGACAACUACACCAACAACUACACCAACAACUACACCAACCACUACACCAACAACCACACCAACGACACCGACCACUACACCGACAACAACACCAACAACUACACAAACAACUACACCAACAACUACACCGACAACUACACCAACAACUACACCAACAACUACACCAACAACUACACCAACAACUACACCGACCACUACACCAACAACCACACCAACAACGACACCAACAACGACACCGACAACUACACCAACAACUGCACCAACAACUACACCAACAACUACACCAACAACUACACCAACAACUACACCGACCACUACACCAACAACUACACCAACAACUACACCAACAACUACACCAACAACUACACCAACAACUACACCAACCACUACACCAACAACCACACCAACGACACCGACCACUACACCGACAACAACACCAACAACUACACAAACAACUACACCAACAACUACACCGACAACUACACCAACAACUACACCAACAACUACACCAACAACUACACCAACAACUACACCAACAACUACACCAACAACUACACCAACAACUACACCGACCACUACACCAACAACCACACCAACAACGACAUCGACAACUACACCAACAACUACACCGACCACUACACUGACCACUACACCAAUAACUACACCAACAACUACACCGACCACUACACCAACAACCACACCAACGACACCGACCACUACACCGACAACAACACCAACAACUACACAAACAACUACACCAACAACUACACCGACAACUACACCAACAACUACACCAACAACUACACCAACAACUACACCAACAACUACACCAACAACUACACCGACCACUACACCAACAACCACACCAACAACGACACCAACAACGACACCGACAACUACACCAACAACUGCACCAACAACUACACCAACAACUACACCAAAACCUACACCAACAACUACACCAAAAACUACACCGACCACUACACCAACAACUACACCAACAACUACACCAACAACUACACCAACAACUACACCGACCACUACACCAACAACCACACCAACGACACCGACCACUACACCGACAACAACACCAACAACUACACAAACAACUACACCAACAACUACACCGACAACUACACCAACAACUACACCAACAACUACACCAACAACUACACCAACAACUACACCAACAACUACACCGACCACUACACCAACAACUACACCAACAACUACAACAACUACACCAACAACUACACCAACAACUACACCAACAACUACACCAACAACUACACCAACAACUACACCAACAACUACACCAACAACUACACCAAGAACCACACCAACAACUACACCAACAACUACACCAACAACUACAUCAACAACUACACCAACAACUACACCAACAACUACACCAACAACUACACCGACAACUACACCAACAACCACGCCAACAACCACGCCAACAACGACACCGACAACUACACCAACAACUACACCAACAACUACACCAACAACUACACCAACAACUACACCAACAACUACACCAACAACUUCACCAACAACUACACCAACAACUACACCAACAACUACACCAACAACUACACCAACAACUACACCGACCACUACACCAACAACCACACCAACAACGACACCAACAACGACACCGACAACUACACCAACAACUACACCAACAACUACACCAACAACUACACCAACAACUACACCAACAACUACACCAACAACUACACCGACAACUACACCGACCACUACACCAACAACCACGCCAACAACGACACCGACAACUACACCAACAACUACACCAACAACUACACCAACAACUACACCGACCACUACACCAACAACCACACCAACAACGACACCGACAACUACACCAACAACUGCACCAACAACUACACCAACAACUACACCGACCACUACACCAACAACUACACCAACAACUACACCAACAACUACACCUACAACUACACCGAUAACUACACCAACAACUACACCAACAAAUACACCGACCACUACACCAACAACCACACCAACGACACCGACCACUACACCGACAACAACACCAACAACUACACAAACAACUACACCAACAACUACACCGACAACUACACCAACAACUACACCAACAACUACACCAACAACUACACCAACAACUACACCAACAACUACACCGACAACUACACCAACAACCACGCCAACAACCACGCCAACAACGACACCGACAACUACACCAACAACUACACCAACAACUACACCAACAACUACACCAACAACUACACCAACAACUACACCAACAACUUCACCAACAACUACACCAACAACUACACCAACAACUACACCAACAACUACACCAACAACUACACCAACAACUACACCGACCACUACACCAAAACCUACACCAACAACUACACCAAAAACUACACCGACCACUACACCAACAACUACACCAACAACUACACCAACAACUACACCAACAACUACACCGACCACUACACCAACAACCACACCAACGACACCGACCACUACACCGACAACAACACCAACAACUACACAAACAACUACACCAACAACUACACCGACAACUACACCAACAACUACACCAACAACUACACCAACAACUACACCAACAACUACACCAACAACUACACCGACCACUACACCAACAACUACACCAACAACUACAACAACUACACCAACAACUACACCAACAACUACACCAACAACUACACCAACAACUACACCAACAACUACACCAACAACUACACCAACAACUACACCAAGAACCACACCAACAACUACACCAACAACUACACCAACAACUACAUCAACAACUACACCAACAACUACACCAACAACUACACCAACAACUACACCGACAACUACACCAACAACCACGCCAACAACCACGCCAACAACGACACCGACAACUACACCAACAACUACACCAACAACUACACCAACAACUACACCAACAACUACACCAACAACUACACCAACAACUUCACCAACAACUACACCAACAACUACACCAACAACUACACCAACAACUACACCAACAACUACACCGACCACUACACCAACAACCACACCAACAACGACACCAACAACGACACCGACAACUACACCAACAACUACACCAACAACUACACCAACAACUACACCAACAACUACACCAACAACUACACCAACAACUACACCGACAACUACACCGACCACUACACCAACAACCACGCCAACAACGACACCGACAACUACACCAACAACUACACCAACAACUACACCAACAACUACACCGACCACUACACCAACAACCACACCAACAACGACACCGACAACUACACCAACAACUGCACCAACAACUACACCAACAACUACACCGACCACUACACCAACAACUACACCAACAACUACACCAACAACUACACCUACAACUACACCGAUAACUACACCAACAACUACACCAACAAAUACACCGACCACUACACCAACAACCACACCAACGACACCGACCACUACACCGACAACAACACCAACAACUACACAAACAACUACACCAACAACUACACCGACAACUACACCAACAACUACACCAACAACUACACCAACAACUACACCAACAACUACACCAACAACUACACCGACAACUACACCAACAACCACGCCAACAACCACGCCAACAACGACACCGACAACUACACCAACAACUACACCAACAACUACACCAACAACUACACCAACAACUACACCAACAACUACACCAACAACUUCACCAACAACUACACCAACAACUACACCAACAACUACACCAACAACUACACCAACAACUACACCAACAACUACACCGACCACUACACCAACAACCAAACCAACAACGACACCAACAACGACACCGACAACUACACCAACAACUACACCAACAACUACACCAACAACUACACCAACAACUACACCAACAACUACACCGACAACUACACCGACCACUACACCAACAACCACGCCAACAACGACACCGACAACUACACCAACAACUACACCAACAACUACACCGACCACUACACCAACAACCACACCAACAACGACACCAACAACGACACCGACAACUACACCAACAACUGCACCAACAACUACACCAACAACUACACCAACAACUACACCGACCACUACACCAACAACUACACCAACAACUACACCAACAACUACACCUACAACUACACCGAUAACUACACCAACAACUACACCAACAACUACACCGACCACUACACCAACAACCACACCAACGACACCGACCACUACACCGACAACAACACCAACAACUACACAAACAACUACACCAACAACUACACCGACAACUACACCAACAACUACACCAACAACUACACCAACAACUACACCAACAACUACACCAACAACUACACCGACCACUACACCAACAACCACACCAACAACGACACCAACAACGACACCGACAACUACACCAACAACUGCACCAACAACUACACCAAAACCUACACCAACAACUACACCAAAAACUACACCGACCACUACACCAACAACUACACCAACAACUACACCAACAACUACACCAACAACUACACCGACCACUACACCAACAACCACACCAACGACACCGACCACUACACCGACAACAACACCAACAACUACACAAACAACUACACCAACAACUACACCGACAACUACACCAACAACUACACCAACAACUACACCAACAACUACACCAACAACUACACCGACCACUACACCAACAACUACACCAACAACUACACCAACAACUACACCAACAACUACACCAACAACUACACCAACAACUACACCAACAACUACACCAACAACUACACCAACAACUACACCAAGAACCACACCAACAACUACACCAACAACUACACCAACAACUACACCAACAACUACAUCAACAACUACACCAACAACUACACCAACAACUACACCAACAACUACACCGACAACUACACCAACAACCACGCCAACAACCACGCCAACAACGACACCGACAACUACACCAACAACUACACCAACAACUACACCAACAACUACACCAACAACUACACCAACAACUACACCAACAACUUCACCAACAACUACACCAACAACUACACCAACAACUACACCAACAACUACACCAACAACUACACCAACAACUACACCGACCACUACACCAACAACCACACCAACAACGACACCAACAACGACACCGACAACUACACCAACAACUACACCAACAACUACACCAACAACUACACCAACAACUACACCAACAACUACACCAACAACUACACCGACCACUACACCAACAACCACACCAACAACGACACCAACAACGACACCGACAACUACACCAACAACUGCACCAACAACUACACCAACAACUACACCAAAACCUACACCAACAACUACACCAAAAACUACACCGACCACUACACCAACAACUACACCAACAACUACACCAACAACUACACCAACAACUACACCGACCACUACACCAACAACCACACCAACGACACCGACCACUACACCGACAACAACACCAACAACUACACAAACAACUACACCAACAACUACACCGACAACUACACCAACAACUACACCAACAACUACACCAACAACUACACCAACAACUACACCAACAACUACACCGACCACUACACCAACAACUACACCAACAACUACAACAACUACACCAACAACUACACCAACAACUACACCAACAACUACACCAACAACUACACCAACAACUACACCAACAACUACACCAACAACUACACCAACAACUACACCAACAACUACACCAACAACUACACCAAGAACCACACCAACAACUACACCAACAACUACACCAACAACUACACCAACAACUACAUCAACAACUACACCAACAACUACACCAACAACUACACCAACAACUACACCGACAACUACACCAACAAAUACGCCAACAACCAGGCCAACAACGACACCGACAACUACACCAACAACUACACCAACAACUACACCAACAACUACACCAACAACUACACCAACAACUACACCAACAACUUCACCAACAACUACACCAACAACUACACCAACAACUACACCAACAACUACACCAACAACUACACCAACAACUACACCGACCACUACACCAACAACCACACCAACAACGACACCAACAACGACACCGACAACUACACCAACAACUACACCAACAACUACACCAACAACUACACCAACAACUACACCAACAACUACACCAACAACUACACCAACAACUACACCGACAACUACACCGACCACUACACCAACAACCACGCCAACAACGACACCGACAACUACACCAACAACUACACCAACAACUACACCAACAACUACACCGACCACUACACCAACAACCACACCAACAACGACACCAACAACGACACCGACAACUACACCAACAACUACACCAACAACUACACCGACCACUACACCAACAACUACACCGACCACUACACCAACAACUACACCAACAACUACACCAACAACUACACCUACAACUACACCGAUAACUACACCAACAACUACACCAACAACUACACCGACCACUACACCAACAACCACACCAACGACACCGACCACUACACCGACAACAACACCAACAACUACACAAACAACUACACCAACAACUACACCGACAACUACACCAACAACUACACCAACAACUACACCAACAACUACACCAACAACUACACCAACAACUACACCAACAACUACACCGACCACUACACCAACAACCACACCAACAACGACACCAACAACAACCACACCAACAACUACACCAACAACUACACCAACAACUGCACUAACAACUACACCAACAACUACACCAACAACUACACCAACAACUACACCAACAACUACACCAACAACUACACCAACAACUACACCAACAACUACACCAACAACUACACCAACAACUACACCAACAACUACACCGACAACUACACCGACCACUACACCAACAACGACACUGACAACUACACCAACAACUACACCGACCACUACACCAACAACCACACCAACAACGACACCAACAACGACACCGACAACUACACCAACAACUACACCAACAACUACACCAGCAUCUACACCAACAACUACACCGACAACUACACCGACCACUACACCAACAACUACACCAACAACUACACCAACACCUACACCAACAACUACACCGACCACUACACCGACAACAACACCAACAACUACACCAACAACUACACCAACAACUACACCAACAACUACACCAACAACUACACCAACAACUACACCAACAACUACACCAACAACUACACCAACAACUACACCAACAACUACACCAACAACUACACCAACAACUAAAUCAACAACUACACCAACAACUACACCAACAACUACACCAACAACUACACCAACAACUACACCAACAACUACACCAACAACCACACCAACAACUACACCAACAACUACACCAACAACUACACCAACAACUACACCAACAACUACACCAACAACUACACCAACAACUACACCGACCACUACACCAACAACCACACCAACAACCACACCAACAACGACACCGACAACUACACCAACAACUACACCAACAACUACACCAACAACUACACCAACAACUACACCGACCACUACACCGACCACUACACCAACAACCACACCAACGACACCGACCACUACACCGACAACAACACCAACAACUACACCAACAACUACACCAACAACUACACCGACAACUACACCAACAACUACACCAAAAACUACACCAACAAUUACACCAACAACUACACCAACAACUACACCAACAACUACACCAACAACUACACCAACAACUUCACCAAUAACUACACCAACAACUACAACAACAACUACACCGACCACUACACCAACAACCACACCAACGACACCGACCACUACACCGACAACAACACCAACAACUACACAAACAACUACACCAACAACUACACCAACAACUACACCAACAUCUACACCAACAACUACACCAACAACUACACCGACCACUACACCAACAACCACACCAACAACGACACCAACAACGACACCGACAACUACACCAACAACUGCACCAACAACUACACCAACAACUACACCAACAACUACACCAACAACUACACCAACAACUUCACCAACAACUUCACCAAUAACUACACCAACAACUACACCAACAACUACACCGACCACUACACCAACAACCACACCAACGACACCGACCACUACACCGACAACAACACCAACAACUACACAAACAACUACACCAACAACUACACCAACAACUACACCAACAACUACACCAACAACUACACCAACAACUACACCAACAACUACACCAACAACUACACCAACAACUACACCGACCACUACACCAACAACCACACCAACAACGACACCAACAACUACACCAACAACUUCACCAAUAACUACACCGACCACUACACCAACAACCACACCAACAACUACACCAACAACUACACCAACAACUUCACCAAUAACUACACCAACAACUACACCAACAACUACACCGACCACUACACCAACAACCACACCAACGAUACCGACCACUACACCGACAACAACACCAACAACUACACAAACAACUACACCAACAACUACACCAACAACUACACCAACAACCACACCAACAACGACACCAACAACGACACCGACAACUACACCAACAAUUACACCAACAACUACACCAACAACUACACCAACAACUACACCAACAACUACACCAACAACUUCACCAAUAACUACACCAACAACUACACCGACCACUACACCAACAACCACACCAACGACACCGACCACUACACCGACAACAACACCAACAACUACACAAACAACUACACCAACAACUACACCAACAACUACACCAACAACCACACCAACAACGACACCAACAACGACACUGACAACUACACCAACAAUUACACCAACAACUACACCAACAACUACACCAACAACUACACCAACAACUACACCAACAACUUCACCAAUAACUACACCAACAACUACACCAACAACUACACCAACAACUACACCAACAACUACACCAACAACUACACCGACCACUAUACCAACAACCACACCAACAACGACACCAACAACUACACCAACAACUUCACCAAUAACUACACCGACCACUACACCAACAACCACACCAACAACUACACCAACAACUACACCAACAACUUCACCAAUAACUACACCAACAACUACACCAACAACUACACCGACCACUACACCAACAACCACACCAACGACACCGACCACUACACCGACAACAACACCAACAACUACACAAACAACUACACCAACAACUACACCAACAACUACACCAACAACCACACCAACAACGACACCAACAACGACACUGAAAACUACACCAACAAUUACACCAACAACUACACCAACAACUACACCAACAACUACACCAACAACUACACCAACAACUUCACCAAUAACUACACCAACAACUACACCAACAACUACACCGACCACUACACCAACAACCACACCAACGACACCGACCACUACACCGACAACAACACCAACAACUACACAAACAACUACACCAACAACUACACCAACAACUACACCAACAACUACACCAACAACUACACCAACAACUACACCGACCACUACACCAACAACCACACCAACAACUACACCAACAACUACACCAACAACUUCACCAAUAACUACACCAACAACUACACCAACAACUACACCGACCACUACACCAACAACCACACCAACGACACCGACCACUACACCGACAACAACACCAACAACUACACAAACAACUACACCAACAACUACACCAACAACUGCAUCAACAACUACACCAACAACUACACCAACAACUACACCAACAACUACACCAACAACUACACCAACAACUUCACCAAUAACUACACCAACAACGACACCAACAACGACACCGACAACUACACCAACAAUUACACCAACAACUACACCAACAACUACACCAACAACUACACCAACAACUACACCAACAACUUCACCAAUAACUACACCAACAACUACACCAACAACUACACCGACCACUACACCAACAACCACACCAACGACACCGACCACUACACCGACAACAACACCAACAACUACACAAACAACUACACCAACAACUACACCAACAACUACACCAACAACUACACCAACAACUACACCGACCACUACACCAACAACCACACCAACAACGACACCAACAACGACACCGACAACUACACCAACAACUACACCAACAACUACACCGACCACUACACCAACAACUACACCAACAACUACACCAACAACUACACCAACAACUACACCAACAACUACACCAACAACUACACCAACAACUACACCAACAACUCCACCAACAACUACACCAACAACUACACCAACAACUACACCAACAACUACACCAACAAUUACACCAACAACUACACCAACAACUACACCAACAACUACACCAACAACUACACCAACAACUACACCAACAACUACACCAACAACUACAAUAACAACUACACCAACAGCUACACCAACAACUACACCAACAACUACACCAACAACUACACCAAGAACCACACCAACAACUACACCAACAACUACACCAACAACUACACCAACAACUACACCAACAACUACACCAACAACUACACCAACAACUACACCAACAACUACACCAACAACUACACCAACAACUACACCAACAACUACACCAACAACUACACCAACAACUACACCAACAACUACACCAACAACUACACCAACAACUACACCGACAACUACACCGACCACUACACCAACAACGACACUGACAACUACACCAACAACUACACCGACCACUACACCAACAACCACACCAACAACGACACCAACAACGACACCGACAACUACACCAACAACUACACCAACAACUACACCAGCAUCUACACCAACGACUACACCGACAACUACACCGACCACUACACCAACAACUACACCAACAACUACACCAACAACUACACCAACAACUACACCGACCACUACACCGACAACAACACCAACAACUACAUCAACAACUACACCAACAACUACACCAACAACUACACCAACAACUACACCAACAACUACACCAACAACUACACCAACAACUACACCAACAACUACACCAACAACUACACCAGCAACUACACCAACAACUACACCAACAACUACACCAACAACUACACCAACAACUAAACCAACAACUACACCAACAACUACACCAACAACUACACCAACAACUACACCAACAACUACACCAACAACUACACCAACAACCACACCAACAACUACACCAACAACUACACCAACAACUACACCAACAACUACACCGACCACUACACCAACAACCACACCAACAACCACACCAACAACGACACCGACAACUACACCAACAACUACACCAACAACUACACCAACAACUACACUGACCACUACACCGACCACUACACCAACAACCACACCAACGACACCGACCACUACACCGACAACAACACCAACAACUACACCAACAACUACACCAACAACUACACCGACAACUACACCAACAACUACACCAAAAACUACACCAACAACUACACCAACAACUACACCAACAACUACACCAACAACUACACCAACAACUUCACCAAUAACUACACCAACAACUACACCAACAACUACACCGACCACUACACCAACAACCACACCAACGACACCGACCACUACACCGACACCAACACCAACAACUACACAAACAACUACACAAACAACUACACCAACAACUACACCGACAACUACAUUAACAACUACACCAACAACUACACCAACAACUACACCAACAACGACACCAACAACGACACCGACAACUACACCAACAACUGCACCAACAACUACACCAACAACUACACCAACAACUACACCAACAACUACACCGACCACUACACCAACAACUACACCAACAACUACACCAACAACUACACCAACAACUACACCAACAACUACACCAACAACUACACCAACAACUACACCAACAACUCCACCAACAACUACACCAACAACUACACCAACAACUACACCAACACCUACACCAACAAUUACACCAACAACUACACCAACAACUACAUUACCAACUACACCAACAACUACACUAACAACUACACCAACAACUACACCAACAACUACACCAAUAACUACACCAACAACUACACCAACAACUACACCAACAACUACACCAACAACUACACCAACAACUACACCAACAACUACAACAACAACUACACCAACAACUACACCAACAACUACACCAACAACUACACCAACAACUACACCAACAACUACACCAACAACUACACCGACAACUACACCGACCACUACACCAACAACCACACCAACAACGACACUGACAACUACACCAACAACUACACCGACCACUACACCAACAACCACACCAACAACGACACCAACAACGACACCGACAACUACACCAACAACUACACCAACAACUACACCAACAACUACACCAACAACUACACCAACAACUACACCGACAACUACACCGACCACUACACCAACAACUACACCAACAACUACACCAACAACUACAUCGACCACUACACCGACAACAACACCAACAACUACACCAACAUCUACACCAACAACUACACCAACAACUACACCAACAACUACACCAUCAACUACACCAACAACUACACCAAUAACUACACCAACAACUACACCAACAACUACAUCAACAACUACACCGACCACUACACCAACAACCACACCAACAACGACACCAACAACGUCACCGACAACUACACCAACAACUACACCAACAACUACACCGACAACUACAUUAACAACUACACCAACAACUACACCAACAACUACAUCAACAACUACACCGACCACUACACCAACAACCACACCAACAACGACACCAACAACGACACCGACUACACCAACAACUGCACCAACAACUACACCAACAACUACACCAACAACUACACCGACCACUACACCAACAACUACACCAACAACUACACCAACAACUACACCAACAACUACACCAACAACUACACCAACAACUACACCAACAACUACACCAACAACUACACCAACAACUACACCAACAACUCCACCAACAACUACACCAACAACUUCACCAACAACUACACCAACAACUACACCAACAAGUACACCAACAACUACACCAACAACUACAUUAACAACUACACCAACAACUACACCAACAACUACACCAACAACUACACCAACAACUACACCAAUAACUACACCAACAACUACACCAACAACUACACCAACAACUACACCAACAACUACACCAACAACUACACCAACAACUACACCAACAACUACACCAACAACUACAACAACAACUACACCAACAACUACACCAACAACUACACCAACAACUACACCAACAACUACACCAACAACUACACCGACAACUACACCGACCACUACACCAACAACCACACCAACAACGACACUGACAACUACACCAACAACUACACCGACCACUACACCAACAACCACACCAACAACGACACCAACAACGACACCGACAACUACACCAACAACUACACCAACAACUACACCAACAACUACACCAACAACUACACCAACAACUACACCGACAACUACACCGACCACUACACCAACAACUACACCAACAACUACACCAACAACUACACCAACAACUACAUCGACCACUACACCGACAACAACACCAACAACUACACCAACAUCUACACCAACAACUACACCAACAACUACACCAACAACUACACCAACAACUACACCAUCAACUACACCAACAACUACACCAAUAACUACACCAACAACUACACCAACAACUACACCAACAACUACAUCAACAACUACACCGACCACUACACCAACAACCACACCAACAACGACACCAACAACGUCACCGACAACUACACCAACAACUACACCAACAACUACACCAACAACUAUACCAUUAACUACACCGACCACUACACCAACAACUACACUAACAACUACACCAACAACUACACCGACCACUACACCAACAACUACACCAACAACUACACCAACAACUACACCAACAACUACACCAACAACUACACCAACAACUACACCAACAACUACACCAACAACUACACCAACAACUACACCAACAACUACACCAACAACUACACCAACAAAUACACCAACAACUAAACCAACAACUACACCAACAACUACACCAACAACUACACCAACAACUACACCAACAACAACACGAACUACACCAACAACUACACCAACAACUACACCAACAACUACAAUAACAACAACACCAACUACACCAACAACUACACCGACCACUACACCAACAACCACACCAACAAUCACACCAACAGCGACACCGACAACUAUACCAACAACUACACCAACAACUACACCAAUAACGACACCGACCACUACACCGACAACAACACCAACAACUACACCAACAACUACACCAACAACUACACCAACAACUACACCAACAACUACACCGACAACUACAAUAACAACUACACGGACCACUACACCGACCACUACACCAACAACCACACCAAAAACGACAUCGACAACUACAUUGACAACUACACCAACAACUACACCAAUAACUACACCUACAACUACACCAACAACUACACCAACAACUACACCAACAACUACACCAACAACUACACCAACAACUACACCAACAACUAAACCAACAACUAGACCAACAACUACACCAACAGCUACUACAACAACAACAACAACCAAAAUUACACCAACCAUUUCUACACCAACCACUAUUUCAUCAACAACUAAAAUUACACCAACCACUUCUACACCAGCCACUACUUCUUCAAGAACUAAAACACCAACUAUUACACCAAAAACUACUACACCAACAACUAAUACUUCAACAUCUACUACACCAACAACUAAUACUACCACUUCAACUAUACCAACAACUAAUACUACUACAGCAACUACACCAACAACUAAUACUACCACAGCAAGUAUACCAACAACUAAUACAACCACAGCAACUACACCAACAACUAAUACUACCACUUCAACUAUACCAACAACUAAUACUACUACAGCAACUACACCAACAACUAAUACUACCACAGCAAGUAUACCAACAACUAAUACAACCACAGCAACUACACCAACAACUAAUACUACCACUUCAACUAUACCAACAACUAAUACUACUACAGCAACUACACCAACAACUAAUACUACCACAGCAAGUAUACCAACAACUAAUACAACCACAGCAACUACACCAACAACUACAUUUACUAACACAACGGAACCAUCAACUGAAAUAACGGAGCCAUCAAUUGAAACAACGGAAAUAUCAAAUGAAACAACGGAAAUAUCAAAUGAAACAACGGAACCUGCAACUGAAACAACAUUAACUCAAUCACCAAUACCAUCAUCAAGUGAUUCAUCAAGUUCUACAUCAAGUUCUACAUCAAGUUCUACAUCAAUUUCUACAUCAAGUUCUACAUCAAGUUCUACAUCAAGUGAAUCAUCAAGCGAAUCAUCAAGUAAAUCAUCAAGUGAUUCAUCAAGUUCAUCAUCAAGUGAAUCAACAACUGAAUCAUCAACUAAAACACCAAACGGUAAUGCCGCCUCAAACAAUCUAUCAUCUUUGACCCUUUCAGUCACGUCUCUGUUCAUUAUUUUUGUUGUAAAAUAUUUAUAA